CUUAUGCUCGCUCAUUAUCAUCUCGUGUCUAUCACGUUCUUUUGCUAGUAACAACUCCCGCACGAUGGCUCCCAAAGUGGUCAGCAAGAAGGCUAAGGACCAAGGAAGCUUGCUGAGCACGCCUGGAGCGAUGAAGGCGCUCUUGACAGUAGGGGUGUUUUCCAUUCUGAUGGUCACGACGCCGUUCAUUCUCUACUUCGCAUCCUACGAAGGAUACCUAGACAAGCUUUACGCGCUCACCGUCGGCAUUCCGGGACCGGAGAACCGCGCUGUGGCCAGCGCCAUCCUAGCGGUCCUCGGAGUGAACCUCGUCGUGGGGGGCUUCCUUUACGUGGCAUUCCAGGAGGUGACCACGGACGAUACGGCAAAGGUGGAGGCAAAGAAGAACGAUUAAAACAGCAUGCCACCUUCCGCGACGGCCGGAGGCAGCCUGCAGAGACCGCACGCCCACGGUGCAGCCCUUGGAGGAGAGGUGCCUCAGCAAGCCCUGCAGCAAGCCGGGGCUCUCGCAGCGCAAGCGUGCAUGGCAAGGGUUGUGUCCUGCUGCCUGAGGCACUGUGUCUGGGCGGCCUCUGCGACGCCAGCAGCUGGCAGGGCCACCCGGCCGAUGGAUGCCUGGCGGGGGCGGCGUUGCGCCUCGGUUCGUUGCAAAGAGCGGUUGAAGAUGUGCGAUGGGAGGUCACACGUAGUUUGAUUCAGGGGCUUAGGGUGAGGAUUGCAGUCCAGAGAGUAUCAUCAUACGUUUGGGCCUAACCAAUAAACCGAUGAGUUGGUUGGUUACGGGUUGCAUCGUGCGGUUGCAUUCACAAAAAGGACUUUCUAUACUCGAGUAUGCAUUCACAGUGCAUGCGGCGGGCAGAUUGCUCAACGUAUUUUGCGGCGCUGUACGGCAGUGGGCGCUCACGGAGGUAGCGCAUGCCCGGAGGGUAUGGUGCUGUGCACCUGCUUGCUGCCCCCUUGCUACGUUUGUUGUCAGGCUGCGCAGACGGGGUGGGGGGCUUGCGAGCAAGGCGGGACGCACGCCACCGUAUGCUGUAUGCUGAAAGCGCUGUUCGGUGCUGGGGAGUGCGGGCGUAGCUGGAGCGGUGUUGGGCACGCCAACUUUGGGUGGCCACAUUUUGGUGUUGUAAGGGUUACGUACCGCGAGUGUGCGCGCAGUAAAGCGCUGGAGUGAUGUAUUAGGGCAGUGCACAGCGGGUUGACAGAUGCAGGAGGGCGACGUCGUGGGCCGCGAAGCGCGGGUCACGAUCUGACCCAGAUGGAUGUCUUUGCAAGCCACCGCCCCAU